AGGUGAGGGAGCGCCGCGGCCAAGUGAGGGAGCGCCAGCCAGCCAGACAGACAGACAGCGGCGGACCCACUGCCUGGCAUCGAACACCCUCCCCUGGACCCCGCCGCUUGUUGUGUCCGCUGCUCCAGCCAGGGAGGGGAAGAGGAGAGGAGAGGCAGCGGCUGCCCCACCAGCUGAGCCGAAGCCGGAGACCGAGCACCGUUCCGCUGCCGCCUUGUAUCUCCCUCCCUCCCUCCAGUGCCCACCAUGGCUUUCACCCGCCGGGCUGCGGCUCUUCGCAACUUGGAGAACAUGGCGCCAGUGUCCAAGGUGACUGGAGUCACCCUACGGCCUGCUUUGGGUGACCUGGCCAAUCGUGCUGUGACUCGGGCAGCUGAGCAGAAAACUAACAAUGUGAAACUGUCCAAACCAGUAGCGACUAAACCAAAAGGCAAAGUUGUGCAGAAAAAUGCUUUGAAACCCACUGUUCUAAAGAAGCAACCAGCAGUUGUUGAAGCAAAGCCCCAUGCAAUCCAAGAGCCCAUUGAAAAGGUCCCUCUGUCUCCAACACCCAUGGAUGUGUCGAUGAAAGAGGAAGACUUAUGCCAAGCUUUUUCUGGAACCUUGUUAAAGGUGGAAGACAUUGAUGCUAAAGAUCACAGUAAUCCUCAACUGUGCAGUCACUAUAUAAAGGACAUCUACAAGUACCUGUGCCAACUUGAGAGACAGCAAACAAUCAGACCUCAUUACCUUGAGGGUCAAGAAAUAAAUGAACGGAUGCGUGCAAUCCUAGUUGACUGGCUUGUUCAGGUUCAUUCAAGGUUUCACCUGCUCCAAGAAACACUCUACAUGACCGUGGCUAUAAUGGAUCGCUUUCUACAAAGCCAGCCUGUUUCUCGGAAGAAGCUCCAAUUAGUUUCAGUGACUGCCAUGCUGAUAGCGUCCAAGUAUGAAGAGACGUAUCCACCUGCAAUUGGGGACUUUGUUUACAUCACAGACAAUGCAUACACCAAGGAACAAAUCAUACAAAUGGAAAUCCUCAUUCUCAAAGAGCUUGACUUUAAUUUGGGUCGUCCACUUCCUCUGCACUUCCUGAGGCGUGCUUCAAAGGCUGGUAAUCAGGUAGAUGCUGAACAGCACACUCUUGCCAAGUAUCUGAUGGAGCUGACUGUUAUAAACUACAGCAUGGUGCACAUCUACCCAUCUGAAAUAGCAGCCGCUGCACUUUGUCUCGCUCUCAAAGUCCUCGAUCAAAGCAAGUGGACCGCAGAUCAGCAGUACUAUACUGGCUACUCUGAGGAAUCCUUGCAGUCAACUAUGAAGCGCAUGGCCCAGAAUGUGGUGAAAGUAAAUGAUGGCCUCACAAAGCAUGUUGCCAUAAAGAACAAAUAUGCAACCGCUAAACUGCUGAAAAUAAGCACUAUCCCUCAACUUAAGUCACCAAUUGUCAAAGAACUGGCCACUUCUGAAUUGUAACCAUCCCAAAAAUAAUGAACAUUUUUGCACUUUUUGGAGAUUUUAACAGACUGCUGCUAUAUUGCACUGCUCACACAUUGAACUGUGGUACAUCGGGUGCAUGCCCUCCUUUCAAUCCUAUUGAACUGUGCCAUCAGUUUUUAGACACUCCAAUAGGAUUUCUUGUCUUAACUCUGACUCCUGCAACAGUUUCUCCAUUUGGAGAGUGGUCAGCCUUACUAUCAUCCCACCAGUUGUGAGCAGCUGAGAUCGGUAAUGUAACUAGCCUAAUGCUCUAAAUGUGUAUGUACAUUUUAAAGUUAUGCCUUUAUAAUGCUAAUUUCAAAAUUAAAAACUUUUUUAAGACUGU